UUGUUGUCAUUGUCAUAACUUUUAUUGAUAUACUUGUGUCAUAAUUCUUAUUGACCUUAUUGGUAUUCUAUUUAAUAUUUUAAUAUAUUUAAAUGGUAUAGAAAGCAGAAUGUUACAUCGAAUCGAAUCGCACCAAAUUGAAGUUUAACAUUUGUUGAUUCACUACCUUAUAUGAUGGAUAACAAUCAUCAAGAGCAGAUGGGCCUGCCACAGGUAACACCAAUUCCAGAGAAUAUCCCUGAGAGUUUACCCCAGAUCACUUGUAUUAUAAUGGGAUCUUCUGUUGAUAACAUACCACCACCAAAACCUGAUUUUUAUGCACCACCGCCAUAUGAAAUAGUGACAAACCCCACUAAGUUGCCUACCUAUGAAGAGGUUCAAAGAGAGAAACAUUUGGAGGGACAACAUAUGCCAAUUAAUAUCAACACACCAACUAUUACUCCUCCUGUAUUUGCCAGACCUCAUAAUCAGAGAGUUAUAACAAUCACUAACGAAGGCGCAGAUGAUACAGACACGAGCCUUCUUGGCACAGAUUUCAUGUUUUAUGUGGCAUUCUUCGUGGCUUUUGUAUUCAAUUGGAUAGGAUUUUUACUCCUACUGUGCUUCUGUCACACAAUCGCUUCACGCUAUGGUGCUCUUGCUGGAUUUGGAUUAUCUCUAGCCAAGUGGACCUUUAUAGUACAGCAUUCUACAGAUUUGGCAUCUAAAGAUAAUAGUUGGCUAUGGUGGUUGAUCAUGACUUUUGGUUUGAUAAUUUGUUUGAGGGCCAUUUUGCAAUAUUUGAGUAUAAAGAGAGGCUGGCAUAUGUUGUCAGCUAGUCAUCAAGAGCGCCUUCUAUUUUUUUAUUAGGAUAUGAGUCUCAUGUAGAAUAUUUGGAAAUUCCCAUGUCCUGAAUAAUGUGUUGAUUAUUCGGAAUAUUUCCAGGUUGAAGAACAUUUUUAGAGGAAAUCAGUAACAGGCCAUAUUUACUGCACUUCUCCGAAUGGGUAUGUUCACACUACAUUAAAAGUCAACUCGAUUGACAUGACAUGAUAGGUGAAAUUUUAUCACUUCAAUUGUUAAAUUCCCUUUGUUUCACUAUCGCUAUAUACCAAAUUAUCUGGGUGAUAAGAAACCAGUCACUUACUUCUGAGUCAUUCCUAGAGUAAUAAAUGUUAUAAAUAUAUUUAGAUUGUUGAAUUCUCAUAUGCAGAUUAUGUGAUUUGUGGAAUAACCAUCAAAAUAGCAAGAUGUAACAGUAAAUAUUUAGUUUAUAUUUAUGUAUAUUCAUUAUUAAAUAUCUACAAUUGUGUGUAGUGCAUAAUGUUUCGAAAAGAGUGUUUCACGUCCUGUAAAAGUAUUAAAGAAAUUUCAAUGGAAUGCAUUAUUACAGGAGUUCCAGCUGAAGAAACUAUGGGUUGUACUGGUUGUAGUAUACUAUAGGGUCUCUAGGACAUGUCACAUUUGUGCAAAUAAGAAAUAUUUCAUUGUUAUUAAAAUUCAGAGUAUUUAAAAUCUAGAGUCUGAUAAUGAAAUACUUUUUACAAUUCGUAUAAUAUAACAUCCGAUUUGGCAAUAUGGAGAAUCUUGCUAUUUUUGCACAAAUGCUUUUUAAGAUUAUUCUAUUUUUAAAAUUAAUUCCUUUUUAGGAAUAUUUAUUUGACUGUAAUAUUUUAGGUGUGAUAUCAAUGUACAAUAUGAAAAAAAUAUAAUCCAUGUACAGUUUAUUAUAUUCUUCUGGUUGA